AAUUUGCUCCUCCGCCCCACCCCUGGCCGAGCCGCUCAGGCCUCUGGACCCGGAAGGCGCAGCGGAAAGGGCCCUUUCUCCUUUUUUGCAUCGGAACUUGAAGCCUUAUAAGAUGGCUGAACCUCGGAGCCACGUCCCCUCCUCCUGUGAUUGCUUCGUCUCGCUCCCUCCGGCCUCUGCCACCAGAGAGGUCAUCUUUGGCAAGAAUUCAGACCGACCGAGGGACGAAGUCCAGGAGGUGGUCUAUUUCCCAGCCGGAUGUCACGCCAAGGGUACAAAAGUCCAGUGCACGUACAUUGAAGUGGAUCAGGUGGAGAGGACCCACGCAGUUGUUCUGAGCCGACCUGCCUGGCUGUGGGGAGCUGAGAUGGGGGCCAACGAACAUGGUGUCUGUGUCGGCAAUGAAGGAGUGUGGACCAAAGAGCCGGUUGGGGAGGAAGAAGCCUUGCUGGGCAUGGAUUUGGUCAGACUGGGCUUGGAGCGGGGCAGCAGCGCUUCUGAAGCACUCCAGGUCAUGACGACGCUCCUGGAACGCUACGGGCAGGGGGGCAGCUGCAAGGAGGAGCCGACCCCUUUCGUUUACCAUAACACCUUCCUCCUGGCGGACCGCACCGAAGCCUGGGUCUUGGAAACAGCUGGGCACUUUUGGGCGGCUCAGAGGAUUCGAGAAGGUGCCCGCAACAUCUCCAACCAGUUGAGCAUUGGUGUGGACAUUACCGCUGAACAUUCGGGCCUACGGCAACACGCCCAAAGGCAGGGGUGGUGGAGUGGCAAAGGGGAGUUCAGCUUCCAGGAGGUGUUCUCGCUCGCCCACCAGCCUGUCCGUAUGGAGGCGGCCAAAGCUCGGUAUUGUGCCGGCCGGCAGCUGCUGCACCAGCAUUCAGGGCAGAUCACAGCUGAGACCAUUAUGACUAUCCUGAGCGACAAGGCCAGUGGGAUUUGCGUUGAUUCGGAAGGCUUCCACACCACGGGAAGCAUGGUGUCCGUCCUUCCGCAGGAUCCCCGCCUGCCUUGCAUCCACUUCUUCACAGCCACACCAGACCCUUCCAGGUCUAUCUUCAAACCCUUUAUCUUUGUUCCCAACAUCACUUCCUUCCCCCAGGUGAAAUCACCAAGCUUUGGAGACAAAGACCCCAUCAGGGAGACGCCUCGGUUUCAGAGCCGGGUCGACCGACGACAUGAUCUCUACCGGCAGCAUCAGUUAGUCCUGGAAGCCAUGGAUCGCAAUGAGCAUGAGUGCCAAAGACUCCAGGAAACUAUGCGGAAAUUUCAGCGGCAGGCCUUGGAGGCUAUGAAAAACUUGUUGGCAGGCUCCUUCACUCUGAAACCCCAGGAAUUGGCUGACCUCUUCUGCAACUCUGUGGACACAGAACUCAGAUUAUAUAAAUGAUGGUGGAUCCUUACCAGGACAGCUCUGAGAACUUCAAAGGACCAAGGAGAAUCUCUUGCUGUCUUCUAGUCCUGCUGCUGCAAUUCUGACUUUCAAGCAAAUAUAUUUUG